AUGUUAUUCUUUUUCCUCAACCCUUUAAUAGACGUAAAGACUAACAACAUUCUCUUAGAUGAUGAUCUCCAACCAAAAAUUGCUGAUUUUGGCUUAGCAAGGCUUUUACCAGAAGAAAAAUCUCAUCUUAGCACAAAAUUUGCUGGAACAUUAGGAUACACAGCACCAGAAUAUGCAAUUCAUGGUCAAUUAUCAGAAAAGGCUGAUAUUUAUAGCUACGGUGUCGUAGUUCUAGAAAUUAUCAGUGGUGAACGAAGCAAUGAAUUGAAGGUACAAGGCGAAUUUGAAGGCGAAUUCCUCCUUCGAAAAGCUUGGAAACUAUAUGAGAGAGACACACACAUCGAGUUGGUGGAUGAUACCUUGAACCCUAAUGAUUAUAAUGCAGAAGAAGUGAAGAAAAUCAUAGAGAUUGGUCUGCUAUGCACCCAAGCAUCUGCAGAAUUAAGGCCAUCAAUGUCUGAAGUCAUUGUUCUGCUUCAAGGCAAGGGCUUAUUAGAGAAUAUGAGACCCACCAUGCCAAUCUUGAUUGAAACUUAAUACUAGAGGUCCUGUACCACAUCUCUACACUAAUUCCUCUAUGUCAACCGUCAUGGCCUUCGCUAUUUUAUUAUCGGCAAACUAAUGUAUAUUUUUCAUUUAAAGAGUAAGAGUAUUGUUGGAGACAUUCUUCUAGUUCUUAAUAUAAGACCUAAUUAAUUAAUUUAAGUAGAUUAA